AUGGCUUCGGUGACUUCAUUGGAUAAGGACCUGCGCAGCAUGCGCUUGUCCCGCUAUACUCCGCAGGCAGCCGCGGAGGUGCGCGACUGGAUCGAGGAGGUGCUACGUGAGAAAUUGCCAUCCGAAGAUUUACUCGAAGGGCUGAAAAAUGGCGUGGCUUUGUGCAGGCUGGUCAAUCUCGCCGUGUCCCCCGGUGUGAAAUUUAAGCAGUCGUCAAUGCCAUUCGUCCAGAUGGAGAAUAUCUCACACUUCCUACGCGCGUGCCAAAUGGCGCCCCUCAAUCUCCCGCCGCACGACGUCUUCCUGACCGUCGACCUCUACGAAUCCAAGGACCCGGCGCAAGUCCUCCAGUGCCUCGCGGCGUUCAGCCGCCGGGCCAAUGCCCUCGAACCCAGCAAGUUCCCGCGCACUGUCGGUCCCCAGAGCAAGCGAAAUGUGGUCAGCCCACAUGUGACGGGAUCAAGCUCCGGAUCACAGACAGGGAGAGCUCGCGCCACUAGCAAUGCCAACGAUACGAACCCGCCUCUCCCCGCUCGUUCAGGAAGCCCCACCAAGCCCUCGGGCUCGUAUAGCUCCUGGAGCAAAAAGACAGAUGAGCGUGCAACGGCGCCGGCCUGGAACAUCCACCAAUACGGCUACAUGGGUGGAGCGAGCCAGGGCAAUCAAGGUAUUGCGUUCGGUGCUCGGCGGCAGAUCACGACGGCUGGUCCGUUUGUCCCGAGUCUUGCGGAGAAAGAGAAGCGCAGACGUGAGGAGGAAGAAAAAAUUCGCCAGCAAAUCGCCGACAACGAAGAGAUGGAACGGGCACGCCAGCGGGAGAUAGAUGAACAGGAAGCUAAAGCCAAGGCCGAGGAAGAGCGCCGAUGGGAAGAAGAGACCGCGCGCAUGAGAGAGAAGGAACGUCGUGAGAUGGAAGAAGAAAAGAGACAAUGGGACGAGGAAAAACGCCUAUGGGAAGAAGAAGAACAGCGGCGCGCGGCGGAAGAAAAGGAUGCCGAAGAGCGUCUCGAGAAGGAGCGGCAACGCCGACGAGAAGUCAACGAUUCCCGUCUCAACGGUCAGUUCCUGAGCCAAUACCAAGCCAGUCAAACCAGUCGCGUCCCGAGUGCUGGAUCUGUUGAAAGCACGCCGGAAAGCCGACGUAUCCAAGAACUUGAACGGGAGCUGGAGCUCGCCAAAGAGCGCGAGCGCCAGUACCAGACCGAGCGCCAACCUGUGCCGCCCCAGGAAAGUGACGAGCCUGAGGUUCUUAACCGCAGUCGUCCUCGUCCAGUGCCACCCAAGCCGAGCUACAACCUCAGCUCUCUAGAACAGGAACGCCGGCUUCUCCGCACCGAAUGGCAGAAUAACCAGGAGAUGCCGCCAGCCUUGGAAGAGCCCGAUUAUGCUCAGGACCAGGCGCCGCCCCCGCCUCGGCCGCUUCCAGAGCCGGUGCCAUCGUCAGCACAACCAGCACCUCCCAACCGGGAGCUACCCACACUUUCCCGACCACUUCCCGACCCAGUCGCAUACACCGCCAACCGGAAACAAGAAAACCGGGUUGAUCAGUUCCUCGGGUCCAACCCAGCCCCCGCCGCCCCGGCACCGGCUACUCACCGGCCGCAAGACUACAGCUCAACGGCUGAGAUCGACGCCGAGAACAACCGUCGCGUCGCCUCGCAGCAGAAUACGCGUGCCGGCGGAUGGGCAUCCAAGUCCCUCCUGGAACGCGAGAUGGAACGUGAACGUGAGCGCCAGCGCGAGUGGGAGGACAACCAGAAACAAACCCAGGCUGCUGCCGAGCGUGGGCAGCAUGACAAGACCCUCGGCUCGGGACCAGGGCAGUCCUGGGAUGUCCACCAGUACGGCUACAUGGGCGGCGACAAUCAAAACCGCGGUGGACCAGGCUUGGGUAUUGGAGGCGCCAGGCGCCAAAUUAUCGGGCCUCGUCCACCGCCAUAA